AUGGCCAACCCCGCCGCGAUCUCGCGGCGCUCAGCCCUGGCGCCUUCUCUUCUCCUCUGCAUUUCGCUGCUGACGUCCUCUGUGGCGCAGCAAGGCCUCGUGCCGGCCUUCCUCUUCGACUGGCUCGACGGCAAGUGGACGUUCACCGCCGGCGACACCGCGGUGAUCACGAUCAGGGCGCUCGACCUCUCGGACGACCCCACCCUGCGCGCGUCGCUGUCCUUCUGGAUGUCGGUGAAGGGCAAGAAAGGCAACAGCACCUACAUCACCGACGUCGUCGCGCGCCGCGACGACCCCAACUCCUGGAGGAUCACCUUCGUGCCCCUGCGCGCCGGGGACUUCUUCGCGCUCGUGGCCGAGGAGCGGUUCAGCAUCGGCGAGUCGAUGCUCGAGUUCAAGGUCGCCGCGGCCGGCGUGCACCCGUCCGCGUCCCGGGCGGCAUGGACGUUCGACGACGCGCGCGUCGUCGCGGGGUCGAGGGCGUUCGUGUCCGUCUUCCCCAGGGACGCCUUCGGCAACGGCAUCGCGCGCGGGGACGACAUGCCUGACUACUUCAGGGUGUCGGGCUCCUACGCCAACGGGUCAGCCGUGGAGUUGCUGUAUUUCCAUUACAAUGGAUGGAUUCAGGAAGGACGCAUCGGCCUCGAGUUUGUGUCAAAUGUUGCCGGGGUCUUCCUGGUGCAUGUUUAUGGGGAUAACAGGGAGCUACGUGACUCGCCUCUGACGCUGACAGUGAAUCCAGGUGUCCUUGACAUCGAAAAAAGCACAUGCAGCUGGAAGCAUGGAACCAAUACUUUGCAGAUAUUUUCCAAGCUGGAGUUAUUCAUAUAUCAGAAGGACUCAUUUGGGAAUAUUGUCCCAGAGAUUCAUCCGUUUGAUGCUCAAGUUGUUGACACAGCCUCAGAUUUGUCCAUCCCAGUUAACCUCAUGAUGGAAGCGGUAGCUGCUGGAGUUCAGCUCAUAUCCUUUAAUGUUGUACAGUCUGGAGAGUUUGCGCUCACAGUUUUUGAUACUCAGCGGAACCGAAGAGUUUCCAACACGGGGUACAAGUUUGAUGUUUUUGUAGGAUACUGCAAUGGAUCAAACAGCUUUGCAAAUGGUUCUGGUUUGGCACAUUCUGUCGUUGGUUCAGCAUCAUCCUUUGCUGUUUACUUGGAGGAUGAGUACAACAACCCUUCUCCAGUCGAAACCUCAAGGUUGCAAGUGAAGAUUUUGGCAAAAAAGGGCACGGCUUAUGCAGACCCAAUAAUAUCACAUGAGACAGAACCUGCUGGCCAUCCGGAUAUCAUCGGUGGAAGCUCAACUGUGCGAGCAAGUCAAUUCAAUGUUGCAUAUACUCCUCAAAUUGCCGGGGAAUAUGAAAUUUGGGUACUCUGUGGGAACAUAGUGCUAAAUGGUGGAGAUCCAUAUUCCAUGACAGUUGUACCAGGUGCAAUCAAUAUUGCUUUAUCAAGUGUUGUCAAGUUUGACCCAAGAGUCAGAAUGUCAGUUGAAAAUGAAGUUGAUGUUCGACUUGUUGACUCAUUCAUGAAUCCGGUGUUAUCUUUAGAGUCAAAAGUGCGAUUUCAGCUAACAUCUACAAGUAUCUUUGGAAAAGAAUUUGUCGACAACAGAGAUGGAUCAUAUACUGCUCGUUAUGUGAUAAAUCAAAUUGGUUCAUAUGGCAUAUGUGUUCGAUUUGAGGAUAAGGAUAUAGCUCCAUGUCCAUUCCAAGUCGAAGUUUUUCCAGAUCAAUACUUUUCAGAUGUUAAAAAUGAUAAUGUUUCAGUAUGGGAGGAUGGAUCAGUUUACUUCGAUGUACUAUCAAAUGACCACAUUGCAGGAAGUAAAGCUGAAAUAGCUAACUCAUCUUCUCCAUUUCAUGGAUCAGUCCUGCAGUUCAACCACAUGUAUCGUUACACGCCUUUUGAUGGAUUCUUUGGGAAUGACUCGUUCGCAUACACAAUAUCAGAUGAUAAUAACAACGUCGUCACGGCAACAGUUUUCAUAUCUGUCAUCUGCAGACCACCUCAGUUCAUAUCUUUACCGCAGAAGUUGCAUGUUACUGAAGAUACCAUCGGCCCACAAUUCGGUGGAUUUCGAGGGAUCAAAAUAGCGUAUUCAGAUACAACAGAAAAUAUAUCUAUAACAGUGAACGCGCAGUCUGGAAAUGUGUUCCUUGCUCUAUCGCCAAUGAAGCUUCAACAGUCGUCAGCUGAUGUACUUUCAGUCAGCAAAGGUGGUAGAACUGGCAAAGACCUGAUAUUCCAAGGAACAAUAGAAGCGAUAAAUAGAGCUCUACAAUUUUUGCAGUACCUUGGAAACGAAGACUUCUGUGGAGAUGAUGUUGUAGCGCUACGCUCCAUGAACAGAGAUGGUGUAGAAGACGCUCAGUUCCCGAUACACGUUGAACCAAUCAAUGACCGUCCUGUGAUACUAGCUCCACCAUCAAUUUUCUUGGCUGGGAACGAAUCAAGCAAUGGACAUCAAAUCUACAACAAGAGCAGGGAUACAUUCCAAUUUUCCAUUUAUGAUCCUGAUCUUCGCAGUUUCCCUGGGAACAAGUCUAUUUUUUCGCUAGUGCUCUCCCUAGAAGUGUGUGAGGGAACGUUGACGCUGAGGUUGCCAUCCAGUACCAUUCCCAGUGUGGAGGUGAAGACCGAAGGCGUUAGUUAUUGGCAGCCGAUUCAGACAUAUGUGAACAUUGAGAAUCACUUUGUGCUGAAAGGAACUGCCGUUAGGUUCCGUGGGAUGGUCCAGGAGUGCAACAAUGCGAUGCAGCAGCUGCAUUACCAAGGUUCAAGCAAUGGAACAACCUUAUCCAUCACUGUAGACGACCUGGGAAACUAUGGAUGCUACCCUGACUGUUCACAGAUGAUGGGGAUGCCACUGUCCGCUACAAAGACAGUUCGUCUCGUCAAAAUCAAAACAAAACAUAAUAAGACCUCAACAAUAGAUAAAAUAGAUAACUUGCUUGAAUGGGUGAUAGUAACUGAGAUCCUGACAAUGCUAUGGCUUGGCGUCGCUCUCUUGUGCUUCCUCUUCAAAUGCAUGAAAGCUCUGAAGGUUAAGCGAAGGGGUCGGGUCAACGAUGAAAGGUGCACACCGGAGCAGACACCAUCCCAUUGGAAUAGGUGUGCUUCACCAUCACAAUCUGAGGACGUUGGACAUUGCUGCGCACCUGCAGUUGCGGUCCCUUCUGGCGCAAACAGAUCAAGUUUUCGUCAAAGAUCUUCACGAUCACGCAAGCAAGAACUGGAACUCCAGCCAGUCUCCGGGAUCAGAAAGAACGGAAAUCAAGACGGCAUUCCUAUAGCAAACAAGAACAAAUAGAUGUUUGAUAAUUUACCGUAGAAUGUUCCUCCAAACUCAAAAUAUUUUUCUGCUCGAUGGGAAGUAAACUGGAAGACAAGAUAGGUUGCAUGUAACUCUUAUUGACACUUGACAGUCAUACAGAUUGUUAGGGUAUCGGGUUCAUCUUUACUAUUAAGAAUACCCAUAGAAGUCGAACAAAAA